UAAAAGUUUGCUUUGCACUCAAUCGAGGAUCAGAGACCAUGAUGAGGAUCCAUCUACAUCCACUAUUAGUGCCGCUCGUUCUUGUUUGGUUGCCUUGGGCCCAAGCCAUUUGCUCCAAGGGCACGGAUAACCCGGUGGUAUGUGACACUACUACCAAUAGGUGUGACAGCGAGACAGUGGUGGGCUGUGACGCUGUUACCUGUCAAACGGACAGCUGUGGCUAUACCUCAUUUAUCGGCUCCAGUGUCACCUGCCAAUCGACCGACAACUCGUGGGACAAUUCGUGCAACUACGCCACCUUCAACCAAAGUCGACUGGACCUCGAGCAAAAUGCGCAAUGUCGCUACUGUCAGUUUUGGUUCUCGGCCGUCUCGGCAAAUCAAGAAAACUCCAUCACCGAGACGUCUGCCUACAAUGGUCCCUCGUUUCAAGUUUGUUCGUGUUGUGAGGAUCAAGGACAAGCCACUGGAGGGUGUCCACCCGACGUGCCUCGUUGUACAGAACUGGACUCCUUUUGUUCGGAGACGUAUCUCUUUCGCUCUUGCAAAGACUGGGGAAAUCCCGUCUGUGAGGACACAGUGGUAGAAACAGCAGAACCUGUUGUACUCCAGACCAACGCCACCACUUGUUCCGCCGGAGUGGACACGGUCUGGUGUACCGACCAAGAUGCAUGUGGCAACCUGCAAGCCAACAAUUGUACCAUUUUGUGUGGUGAAGACUCCUGUGCCAAUGCUCAAUUGGAACACUCCGUGGUGGGUUGCUACAACCCCGACAACCAAUAUGCGGACAGUUGUGAGGGAACUGUUUUUUCCCACAGUAUUGUGGACCUCCACGGUGCCGAGUGUCAGUCCUGUACAUUUUGGUUCUCGGCUGUUACCACCAAUGGCCCCUUUUCGGCGUACUCCUUUAGAGCUCCACUCUUUUGGUUUUGUUCCUGUUGCGAUGAUUUGAACGGAGAGGGAAAUUGCCCCGAGGGAGUCCCCAGUUGUGCCCAAGAUCCCGUGGCAUUUUGUUCCAAUCAGCACUACUUUCGCACCUGUCAACAAUGGGGAAACCCCAUUUGCGAUACUGUAGAAAUUAUGGAAUCAACGACGCCAGAAUUCCAGGCAGAUGCCAGUACUUGCUCGGAAGGAGUGGAUACCGUGUGGUGUACCGACGAGCAGACGUGUGACAGCCUUCAAGUGAGCAACUGUACCGUCCUUUGUGGUCAAGAAUCCUGUGGUGGAACCAGUGUCUUUGAGCACUCGGUGGUGAGCUGUGUCGUACAAGACGACGUUUACGAGAGCUGCGAGUCUGCGACAUUCAAUCGCAGUUACGUCGAGUUGCUGGGAUCCGAGUGUAGAGAAUGCUCCUUUUGGUUCUCCGCCGUUACGACCAAUGGCCCUUUUGGAAGUUAUUCCUAUAGUCGGCCGGAGUUUGGACCCUGCACGUGCUGUGAUGAUAUCGGUGAUGAUGACCAUUGUCCACCCAAUGUGCCCAGCUGCCAAGAGGAUCCAGUGGCAUUUUGUUCUACCGUGGAACUGGGGCGGACCUGUCAGGAAUGGGGCAAUCCAGUGUGUGCCAAUGUAGAUAUCAGUGAAACUUUACUGCUGGAGGAAGAAGCGGCCAACGUGACAAAUGCGACAAUCAUAACCAACGUGUCUGGUGUUCCGGCACCAAUCUGCUCGCUAUCCGGAGAGGACGCUGUGGUUGUGUGCUCUGGUUUGGAUUGUGCUGGUGGAACGGCCAGCAACUGCACUCUGGAAUGCUACGGCGAAUCCUGCGGAAACGCCGUCGUAGAAGACUCGGGUGUUGCCUGCUUGGGAGAAGCCACGUGCGCGGGUUCCACCUUUUUUCGCAGUUUCGUGGAUUGCACCACAUCCGACUGCAAGAAUGCCGAAUUCUUUAGCUCCUCUCUGCACUGCAAUUCCAUCGAAGGCGACUCGGAUAAUUGUGAUGGCGUCGUACUCUCGCGCUGCAGUUGUUGCAGUGGGGAUAACUGCGUCCCGGGUAGCCUGAGCUGUGAUCAGGAUGAAGUGACGUUUUGCAACAGUACAUAUGCGGGACGCACAUGUGCGGACUGGAAGCAUCCAAAAUGUAAAGGAAUUGAGCUACCGUCUUUACCUCCAUUCCGCCCCGCCGAGACGUGCAAUCUAAAUGAGGAGAUUGUCAUGUGUGACGAUGGUAUCAAUGGUUGCCUGGGUCUGGACGCAAGGAACUGUACUGUACUCUGUUCGGGUCCUGUUUGCAAUCAAGCAUCGUUUGAAGACUCCGUUGUGGCUUGCAUAGAUCUUGCAGAAGCUGGCUGGUUUACCAUCUACCCCGGAGAGGCCUGUGUGUCUGCCACCUUCUUCAGGAGCAUUGUUACCUGUCAAAACAGCUGUGUGGGCACCUCCUUUGUGGAUUCCUACGUCAGUUGCGUUGGACAGGCCGGUUGCCCCGAAACAUCUGCGUCCUUCGAUGAGUGUAGCUGCUGCGAUGGCCUCCAAUGUCCAUUUGGUGUGCCGGGAUGUGAAGGUAACAUUGAUGCCAUUUGUAGCAGAGUUGUGGAUGGAGAAAACUGCGCUUGUCGGGGUUUUCCUGCUUGCGAAGAGGAGCACCUGGCAGGCUGUCCUGAAUCCGACAGCAGUGUGCAAAAGAAGAACGGCUUGUUCUCGUCCAAGGGUGGGGUUCCUGCAUUCUGGCCUUAGAUGCUACUAUGAAAUUCUAUGUGAUAGCGGUUCCUUUGUGUACGGUAGCCUUCGAAGCAUGUGAACACUAGCAAGGUCUGCAUAACAAAUAAACUGGAAAUAGUCGGUGGUCUGGAAUCAAGGGAAAAUCCAGUUGGUGGUGCAUUGCUGCUCGCGGCAAGCCACAUCCACAGAUGCCUGUCUAUACGUACUUAGGAACGGAAGCAGCUAUAGCUAGCAAAUAAUCAAUAGCUACUAGUCAGCAGGAAAGAAGGAACAUUCAAACGAAAGCAAAAGGGUUCCCUUGCAAAUGAAGGAAGACUUUACCAGGUUCAUGCAAUGCUCCAAUUUCAGUGCGUAGAGUUCCUGUAAGCUACAAAGCAGGCAAAUGGUGAGCUGUCAAUCACAGUUUAGGGUCUUGACCAAAAGUUAAAGAUUGCCAAGGUUCUGUUCCCGGGGAAAGGUUGUCAUACCUUAUUGUCAUUAAAAAGAAAAAGACGGGUUCUUUUGCCAGUCCGAAAGAGCUCUGUACGAAUUGAACCGAACAAGCUGUUUGAACCAAAGUCAAGCCGCGUCCCAUCAACGAGUCCAACUUCUGUGGGAACUGUCCCUGUUAGUGAAUUGUUUGUAAACAUUAAUGAGGAGAGUUUGUUCUUUCCAAACAAUUCCACAGGAAUACUCCCAGACAGUUGGUUGUGGUAGAGAAACAGCGAAGAAAGGGAAAGGAAGCUACCAUAUAUACUUGGAACCUUGCCUGUCAGUUGGUUCGCAUAAAGGUCAAAUAAAUUCAGUGCUGGAAGACUUGCAAGUUCUGUUGGCAGAGGGCCG